AUUUUUAUCUGGUACGCAAGCGACUUGGAAAAAAUAGUUUCCCAACUUCCGGGUUUACAAAUCAGACUGUUGUCUACCUUACCCUUGACUCUCCAACAGAACCUGAAUAAUUACAAAAAGACUCUGUGAAAAUUUAGACUGACAAGAAGCAGCUUAACACUGGGAUCAAAGAAGAUCAUGGCAUUAAUUUGCAACAAGUAAAGAACAACAAGAAAACCAUCAUGGCAUCCAACUUCAAUCCAAAACCACCUACUAAACCAUCAUCAGUGCCUUAUUUCUAUGGCCGUAUAACCCGUGAUGAGGCAGAAGAGAUUUUAAAAGAGCAGGGCUUUGUUGAAGGAAUGUUUCUCUUGAGAGAGAGUAUUAAUCCACUUGGAAACUAUGCCGUAAGCUUGUGCCAUGUCGGCAGGGUACACCACUACAGUAUUGAAAAACAGACGGACGGUUCAUACAUGAUACCGUCUGGCAAGAAGUUUCCGGGGCCAGUAGAGCUGAUAUAUCACCAUCGGAACCAGAAAGAUGGUAUAGUCACACUGCUUUCUGUCGGGUGUGAUAGACAUCCCUCCCAGGUCCCAGUGGCAUUUAGGGGAAUGACCUACAGUGACCUUGAACAGGAACUGAUACGAAAAGCUAAUUCUAUUAAGGGAGUAAACAAAGAGCGGGCCCUGGGUGCACAGAGGGAGCAUUUAGUCAUUAUGGUGGCUAAAGAUUUACACCAGAAACAGCCAUGGUAUCAUGGUAAAAUUGGCAGAACAGAGUCAGAGAACAGGCUCAGUAACUCAGGACACAAAGAUGGCAAAUUUCUUGUUCGACUGAGAGAUGAUAAGAAAACAUUUGCCAUUGGUAUCAGCUACCAAAAGGACACAAGACAUUACUUAAUUGAUAAAGAUGAAAAUAACAAAUUCGGAAUUCAGGAUGGACCAAAAUUUGAUUGCAUAAUGAUGCUUGUAGACCAUUACCACAACAAGCAGGAUGGGUUGUUACGUAAACUAACAGAACCGUGUCCAAGCCCUGGAUAUAAUGCAGAACAGCUUAAGAAAUACAUGGAUUGCAAUGUAGGGAACUUAGAUUAUUAUUUAAUGAAGAAUACAAGGGGUCGACGACCAAGUGCACCAAUGCCACCUACACCUGGUCAGGAAACACCUCCGCCAUUGCCAUCUGUUGCAAAACGACCAAGUUUGAAAGACAGGCUGGCGAAUAAAGUCGGAAUUAAGAAAAGGGAACUGCCUCCAACACCAGACGAUGCACAAAAUCGCUUACUGGAUGCAGGGGACUGGGAAGGGUCACAAGGAAAUAGUCACAUUGGGUUUGACAGCCGGCGAGUUACGUUGCAGCGUCUUGGUAUGGAUGCAGACAGACUAGAAGAUAUUUAUGGCAGUGUGCCAAGAACAUUAGCGCAUUUUGAUCUCAAACCGGAUCAAGUAGAUCUUCAAGAGACACUUGGUUCCGGUCAGUUUGGGUCAGUAUGUAAGGGUAUGUGUACUUUACGAAGUAGUCAGAAGAUUCCUGUAGCCGUCAAAACACUCAAACAGGAAGAUUGCCCUUCUUCACAGGAACCUGAGUUGUUACGAGAAGCCAAAGUUAUGAUGCCUCUCAGUCACAAACAUAUUGUGAGAAUGAUAGGGGUGUGUAAAUCUGAUAGUAUUAUGCUUGUGUUGGAGUUAGCUCCCCUUGGCCAACUGAACAAUUUUCUAAAAAGUCACAAAGAGACUUCACAAGCAAACAUUGUAGAGUUGUUAUGGCAGGUUGCUAUGGGGAUGGAAUAUUUGGAAUCCAAGAAGUUUGUUCACAGGGAUCUGGCAGCUCGUAAUGUGUUACUUGUGUCAGAACAUUUUGCUAAAAUCAGUGACUUCGGAAUGUCCAAAGCCCUGUGCAGAGAUAACAAUUAUUAUGAAGCCAAAGAAGCUGGAAAAUGGCCACUGAAAUGGUAUGCCCCAGAGUGUGUGUAUUUCUGGAAGUUUGAUUCCAAAUCUGAUGUAUGGAGCUAUGGUGUCACUAUGUGGGAGGCAACAUCUUAUGGAGACAGGCCGUAUAAUAAAAUGAAAGGGCAGGAGAUUUUGCAUUUCCUUGUAGAAGAGGGUAGAAGAUUGCCAAAACCAGAAUUUUGUGAUGAGGAGGUGUAUGGUGUCAUGUUGCAGUGUUGGGAGUAUGAUAAACACGACAGGCCGACAUUUCUGGAAAUUGCUUCAUUUAUGGCUUCAAUAUAUAGAAGAAUGUCGCAGGAAUCAAUCAGCUAGCAUUUGCGGGAAAAGAGUAUGUGUUCAUGUGCUUCUCCUACACAAUCAAGUCUGUUUGUUUUAUUGUACAGAAAAUAUCGAAUUUUUAUGACAUUAUUGAAGUUUUUAUGAAGAGUAUUCCAUAAAAUCUGACAGCUCAUCAAAAUGUUGCUAUGGACGAGUUCAAUUGGGACUAUAGUACAGUAAAUGUACAAAUGUAAUUGACUACAGCUGAUUACAAUUACGGAUUACUGAUUACAAUUACCCCAGGUCUGAGUAAAAACACUAGUGAACACCACUGGAUUUGUCUAUAGUGUGAACUACACAGUGUUGCAUGAAACAGAUCGUGAUAAGCAGUACUCGAAGUUGAGUGGAAUGCAGAAGCCAAAGGGCAUCAGAAACAUGUAUCAGUACUUUUGAUUAGAUGCUUUUUUCACCUAAAUGUGCUAUGUUAGACCUGACUACUAUCUGAAAUGGAGUUUCCCAACAAAAGAUUUUUUGUCCAAAUAUUUUGGUGUGUAUUGUGAGAGUGGUUGCAAUUUUUAUACCUUGAUGGGUAUUGAUGUAUGUAGAAAUGUGAUGUAAAAAGAGUUGAUGAAACAUUAUUCAUUAAUUAAUAAAGUGUCAAACAAAUAACAAACAAGAAUAUUUCAGCAUAAAGAUAUAUUAAGAAAUGAGGUUUGAAAUUCAUAAAGGUGAAGAAAACUCGUCCUUUUCUUUGGAAGAAUCUAUCUAAGGCUUAGUUGUGAAUAAAUGGUACAAAUAAACCUUUUAAUACAUACAAGAAAAAUGUUUCCUUAAACAGAUUUGGUUAUAGUUUGCAAAAAAGGAUAAUGCACUUAGGAGGAAAGUAAACCUACGCAGUGAUCUCCCUUGCCACUAUGCUCUCAUUGAUCAGUGCCAACGCAACAUUCAUGUGACCAUUGUUCAUCAUGGGAUGAUAGGUAAACAUGGCGGACGAAACGCCGAAGAAACGGGUUCCCCUUAAUUGUCUUCUUUGUGAUAGAAAGAAGUACUAUAAUUUAAGUGGAAAACAGUUGCCAGAAUUAAUAAUUAAGGUUAACUUUUUAACAAAUUGGGAAAAAAAUUACAAAAUAAUUAGAUGAAUAAAAAAAGUCCACUUAGCUGAAUUUUAGAUAAAUUUGUGUUAGUAGUGAUCAAUGAGAGCAUAGUGGCAAGGGAGAUCACUGCGUAGGAGAGUGUUAGAAAAGAGUUCUAUAUUCAUAAGCACACAUACAUCUCAGUUAAGUAAUUGUCUAAGUGCAAGUUUCCAUUGUUAAGUUAAAGUGUUAAAUUGUCUUGAAUUUUUUUUAUUUUCACAAUAGAUACAUUGCCGUGAUAGUUCUUUCAAGUUUUUAUAAGAAAUAGAAAGUUGAAUUGUUUUGUUUUAAUUUAUAGAAAUGUUAGAUUGUUCAUUGUCAUAGUUAAGGUGCAUAGACUCUAAACAUCUUUUGUCUAGGGUUCUGUUGGUUUUAAAAUUUUGGCAUAGAUUUUUUUUUUUUGUAUUUUAGAGUGAUUGCUACUGUAUUGCAUUUAUGUUAACGAUAUAAUCUUUAAAAAAUUCUCAUUUUUGUUCAUUUUUUAUUUGAAAUUUAAGUCGACUUCCAGACACUGGUUUAUGUGCUAUUUAUAGUUGUUGUUCAUUUAUGAAGUGACCUUACUGUCAACUUUCUAAAAUGGUAUGUUUUUUGUAUAGCUGGUUCUGUUUUACAUUUAUAUUUUUUGUGCCUUUCUUCGUUGUGUUAAAAUUAUGCUUUGACAGUUUGUGGUUUACAGAAUUUUCUGUAAAAUUUGUCAGAAAAAUUAUGUGUGCAACUUCCUUUUCACUGUUAUUAUAGUAGCCAAUUAAGUGUCAGUGAAUGUCUGCAUAAUUUUCAUUUGAAAACAGUGUUUUUAUCACAGGAAACCUCUUGAUUGACUUUUAUAUAUUGAAGAAAUAUUACCAUCAAUGUAACAUAUAGCAAAAGUUAUGUUAAAUCAUUUUGACACUCGGAAUUCUCUGUAUGCCAUCCUGAAUAAAUUUUUUUCGUUAUGGCCUAGUGAAAUUAUUUCGCAGAACAUAUAACCUCUAGCUUGUGUUUAAAAUAAUUAAAAAUCUGAAAUUAUUUUUUUAUCUAUUCAAUUGUUUACAUAUCCAACUUCCAUUGAAUUACCUCAUAAGUAGAUUUAAUAUAACACAUUUUAAGAUGAAAGUAUUAUGUUUAACAUAUCAGAAUAAAAAGGGAAAACUUGUUUCACUGUUUUAUUCAGGGCCAUCAGGGGUUUUACUUGAUUUCAAGACAAGUCUGUUAUUAUAUGUCAUUAUAAACAACCCUGUGUGCGGUAAUACGAAAUUUUUAAAUUUUCAAAAUAUCUUGAUUACCUAGAUUUUAAUGUAUCAUCAAAAAUGAUUUUGGUGAGGCAUUUUCUGCUGUAAUUUUCAGUCAUUUUUGACACCAUUUUUUUUUAAAAUUCAGUUUUGGCUUUCUUUGUGAAUUGAUUGUUGUAAAACUUAUAGAAUAUCUUAGUUAGUGUAAGUAAUAUUUCAUGAAAAAAAUUAUCAAAUUUCUAAAUUUUAUUUUUCAAAUUUUUUAUUUUGCCCGAUUUUUGAAAGGUAAAAAAUUUUUUUUUGCAGUAAAAUACACAUUAUUAAAGAUAUUUUAAAAAUUCUUAAAGACACUUCCACUGCCCUCAGACACCUUUAAAAAGAUGUAUAGUUUAUAUCUGAAUCUUAUGAAGUAAAGUGACAGUUCAUGAAAGAAAACCUUGUUAGCCCUAAAAAAACAUACGGUUUGUUUCUGGUAAGAUGCCCCUAAAAAUUAGGGUAGGUAGGUAGGUAGGCAAACUUUUUGGGGGUUUUUUUUACAAUGAAGAAAGAACAACACAAAGCAAAAGUAUAAAAAAGAUAGCGAAAAUAUCGAUUUUUUUUUUUUUUUCCAACACCAUAAAAAUAUUUUAGGGUCUCUAAAUUACUGUUUCUAAUCACAUUUUUGUAUUAUAUCUAUGAGUAAAAAUACCUUCAUCAUAAAGAAAACAUCAUAUUUGCUUAUAGAAUCACAAAAAAAAGAUAUAUAUCAAAUGAAGUCCAGGUAAUCUAAAUAUGAAAGGGAGGUAAUUGGAUUUCUUUAUGUGAAAGCUAACCAGAUUCGACACUGCGAUGUUCCUACAAAAAAUUAGGUUAGAUAUUUCAUUUUAUUUAUAUAACUAAAUUAUAUCUGAUUCGAAUUUCAAGCUUAGGUGGAAAAUUUUUUUCUGUAAAUUUUUUGAAAGCUGUAAUUAGGCACAUUGUAGAACUUUUUUUUCGUGCUAAGUUUAGAAGUAGUUUAGACAGUAAUAUGUUAUUAUACUUAUCCAUUUUAAAAUUGCUCAUAGAAUUUGCCUUGUUGUGCUCAGGAACGUGAAUUUGACCAUAACAUUACAGGUAAAUUCAUUGACACAAGUUUCCAGUGUAGAAACUUCAGAUUUACUGUAAAAUUACAGGAAGUUUCAAUUAUUUUGUUUCCCAUCUUGGAACUUCAGAUUUAUCAUAAUUCCUUUGAAUUUGAAAUGCUCAUAAUUCUUCAUAAAGUUGGUGAAUUUAACGUAUUUAGGUACUUAAUAGAAAAGUAAAUGGCUUGAAUUUUUUGAAAGAAGCUAUUUUAUUGAUUAUUUAACCGAAAAUGCACUUGUUUGACUGCAAAAAUGACCGAACGUAAAAGAUGUCUGCCAUUCGCGUACUGUGAUAGUUUUUUUGACUGAUUAUUGUUUAUGCAAGCAUAAUACAUUAAUAUUUUGUGUAUAAUGUUAUUUGAGCUGCGCCAUGAGAAAACCAACAUAGUGGCUUUGCGACCAGCAUGGAUCCAGACCAGCCUGCGCAUCUGCGCAGUCUGGUCAGGCUCCAUGCUGUUCGCUUUUAAAGCCUAUUGGAAUUGGAAAAACUGUUAGCGAACAGCAUGGAUCCUGACCAGACUGCGCGGAUGCGCAGGCUAGUCUGGAUCCAUGCUGGUCGCAAAGCCACUAUGUUGGUUUUCCCAUGGCGCGGCUCAUUUAUUGAUACAUGUAAUUGACAUGUAGCUACAAUUUAUGUUUAUGAUUUGAGCAAUUUUACAUCCCUCCUUAAAUUCUUACAUCUUGCUUAUUAAAUUUUUAUAUGGUUCUUACAUGUUAAGGACAAUGAUAUACUAAUAUACUCAGACUUACCUUCAGAUCUGUGUAUAGGGUAUUGUCAUAUUCUGUAUAUAGGGUAUUGUCAUAUUUAUGGAAAUAAAAGAAUAUGAGCCGUGCCAUGGGAAAACCAACAUAGUGGCUGUGCGACCAGCAUGGAUCCAGACCAGCCAGCGCAUCCGCGCAGUCUGGUCAGGAUCCAUGCUGUUCGCUAACUGUUUCUGUAAUUGCAAUAGGCAUUGAUAGCGAACAGCAUGGAUCCUGACUAGACUGCGCGGAUGCGCAGGCUGGUCUGGAUCCAUGCUGGUCGCAAACCCACUAAGUUGGUUUUCCCAUGGCACGGCUCAUAUAAGGAAUUCCAGGAUAUGCAUUUACACAAACAAUUACACAUACUCAGAGACAUUUCAGAAUGGAAGUACCUCAUUUCAACAGUUUUAUAUACACUUGGUAUACAAGAAUAAGACACAAGAAGCGCCAUCUGUCACAAUAAGAAAUUAAUAGAAAUUAAAUGAAUAUUUUGAUGGUGAAAAAAUACUUAUGAGAAAUACAUAUGAGACACGCCAUUAGAAAACCAACAUAUUGGCUUAGUGACCAGCAUGGAUCCAGACCAGACUGCGCAUCCGCGCGGUCUGGUCAGGAUACAUGCUGUUCGCUUUCAAAGCCUAUUGUAAUUAGAGAAACCGUUAGCGAACAGCAUUGAUCCUGACCAGACUGGGCAGAUGCGCAGGCUGGUCUGGAUCCAUGCUGGUCGCAAAGCCACACUAUGUUGGUUUUCUCAUGGCGCGGCUCAUAUAUUUUUCUAAAGACAUCUGUGACAUUUUGUUUUCUUUAGAAAAUGGCAAACACAUACAUACAUGUCUGUGUUAUGUUAGCUCAACUAUACAAAGUAUAUGGGGAGCUAUCCUACUUAUCCUUGUGUUAGCCUUGGUGUCUUUGUUCGUGUCUACACUAUAGCUUGGUUAAGGUGUUGAUGCACUGUCACUCUGUCUCUGUUGUUACAUGAUAGAUUUGCCUCAGACUUGAAACAGUUGUUUCUCAUGACCUAAGAUGUGUAAUCCUUGUGGCAGUAUUUUAUGAAUUUUGCCCACUUUUUGUGUUGGUGCGCCGUAACACCCAAAUAAAUAAAUAAAUAAAUAAAUAGAUUUUGAUAAGAAAUUCAGGUUAAAGGUUUGAUUUCUUUGUCUCUGUUAUUGCUAAGUGGAAUUGAUCUAAACUUAAAAUAGUUAUUCCACACCACAAUCCACAUCAUAUAUGACAAGAUCGUCUGACACUUUUUUAAAGGUGGAGUUUUAGGGAAGUGGGGUGGGGGUGCACCAUACCCACAACCAAAUUUCUUCACUUGCUUGAACAUAUCUUGGCAAUUCAAGAAUGUUUUGUGUCCUGUGUCAAAGCAGUAUUGUGGAUAUAUUAAUCACUCGAGUGAUAGCUCUAGUUUCUGCGGAAAUGCAAUAUUUCACUAUCUAGAAUCAAAAUAGUCAAGUAUACUGUCUCCUCAGACAUCUCUUAUUACUAUAGACUAGCCAGUUUUCAUUACCUUUAUGAGGCAAUGGCAUUUUCAUUUGUGUUUAUGAACCAUUAUUUGUAAUUUUAUUAUUUACGUGCCUUUUGUAUAAAGCUGUACAUUCAACGUGAAUUUAUGCCACGAAGUUUUACGUUAUACACAGUUCAUAUAAACCAAAUUUUAAUGAAAAAUUGUUGAGUUUCACUUUUGUAUGUAAAAAUAGUGCUUUUAAUGUAUCAAACUUGGAGAUAAGCUAACAAUUUAGUUGAUUACUUAGGUCUUUGAAGUUAGCUAUUGCAUCAUAGUUUUGUUUUCAUGAUGUCACUAUGCAUUAAUGAUGUCAUAUGUUACGUCAUUUCUAGUAAAUGUGAUGUCAUUGCCAAAUUGUAGGUUUUGUCUUUCACUGGUUCAUAUAACAUAUAUAGGUAUUUUUAGUUAUCUCCGCGACAUUUGGUAUAGUCAUGUACGUACCUGUAAGCGUUCUCAUAAAUAUAACGGUCUUCUGAGAUAUUAUUUUCGGAAAAUUGCUAGCGAUAUGGGUACAACAACCAUAAGUCAAUAAUAUAAGUAUUCGCAGUAGCGUGUUAAUUCAAGAUCAGCUUGAUAUAGCACUUUUCAUCUAAAAUAUGUUUGCGCUAUGUUUUAGCCACUGCAUUAUAUACAAAUUACCAUGUAGCGUACACAGUGGGAUUAGGUUUCUUGAAAUAAGAAACAGUUUAUGUAAUCAUUUUAAAACUUCCUAUUUCUGUAAAAGAGAGAACAUGAAGAUUUACAGAUUUUAUUAGACAGUCAAGAUAUAAAAGAGCCAUGCCAUGAUAAAACCAACAUAGUGGGUUUGCGACCAGCAUGGAUCCAGACCAGCCUGCGCAUCCCCGCAGUCUGGUCAGGAUCCAAGCUGUUCACUUACAGUUUCUGUAAUUGCAAUAGGCUUUGAAAGCGAACAGCAUGGAUCCUGACAAGACUGCGCGGAUGCGCAGGCUGGUCUGGAUCCAUGCUGGUCGCAAACCAACUAUGUUGGUUUUCUCAUGGCACGGCUCAAAUGUGAAACUAGUUUAAGGUAAUUCUGCACAUUUGGUAAACCGGAAGUAAUGGCGUCACUUCAUUUAUGUAGGAUAAAGCCUGGAUUCGGCGUACGGAAAUGAAAAUCAUUUAAGAAUAAAUGGCAGACCGUGAGUAAAUUCAUUUCAACAGUAAUGUUACUAUAUACUGUGUUGAGCUUUCAACAAUGUAUAUUAACUCUUCUUCAGGAAUACAGGCAACAGUAUUUUUUU